UUCAAAACAAGCGAGCAUGAGUUAUCUUUAACCUGAAAUAUUAUGUAGAAAUUGUUUCUGAAUCAACAAAUACCAGAGAAAAUGUUUAACUUGAGUAGGAAUUGUAAUAAAUUAGUAACAAUAUGCAAAUUGUCCUCUUGCAACUAUACAAUAUUCACUAAACUACCAAAGAAACUCGUUGAAACACAAAAUGUUACUAAAAAUCUUCCAUUAUUACAAUUUCCUCCAAAAAUAAGAUUCUACUGUUCUUCUGAAUCUGAUAUUCAUACACUGACUGAUGAAGAAAUAACUGAAAUAACAGGAGGAGAUGAAGACCAAAUCCACAAACUAAAAGUUCUUUUACUAGAAACCGAAGUCCUAAGACAAGAAGGAAAACCAGUGCCUUCACCAGCCAAAAUGAAAGUAGAACACUGGAAAGAGCUGCUCUCGAAAGAAACACGCACCGGCCGCCGAAAAUACCUCGACUUUUUAUUCAAAAUAGAAAAAAUCAAGGAAAACAGAAUCAUAAAGAAGCAACAGAAACAAUUAGAAAGAAAAGAACGACCGCCAAUUGAACAAGAACAAGAAGGUGCAAUCAGAUAUGAUCUGGGUCACAAUCACAUGUUCCUUAGGUUUUAUGAUUCCACAAUGAACAAUAUGUACAAUGCUAAACUCAUCAGAGCGAUGCAAUUCAGUCAGAAAAUUGUCAUUGACUGCGGAUAUCAUGAACACAUGACCAAAAGAGAGAAUAUCAAUUGUGCAAAACAAUUAAUGUUACUAUUUGCAGAAAAUAGAGCACAUGACGAUCCGUUUGACAUCCACUACUGCAACUUAAAGAAAGAUGCAGAGUUGGAAGACUACAUGCACCGAUUCAUCCCGACAAUGUACGAUCCAGAGUUUCCUCUCAAUGCGCAUGAGUCAAGUUAUUUAGAUUUAUUCCCCAAAGAAAAUCUCGUAUACUUAACACCGCAUUGCCGACAAGAACUGACAGAGUUUGAUCAUGAUGCGACCUACAUUAUCGGCGGGAUAGUCGACAAAAUCAACAACGAGCCUGUUUCCAUGGCGAAAGCCAAACGCGAAGGUUUAAAAAUGGCUAAAUUACCAUUAGACCAAUACUUACACUGGGGAAGCGGUUCGGGUAAAUCACUAACCUUAAAUCAAGUUUUAUCCAUCAUGUUAGACAUACGCAUGACAGGCGAUUGGAAUCAUGCCCUCCGCCAUGUUCCCAAACGUAAAAUAAUGCAAGAUGAUGAAUUCGCUAUGAUUAACCAAAGAAAAAACCCCUGGCAAAGCUCACGUGAAAGAAAUUACACACAACAAUCUGUAAGUAAUAAUUACAACAGAAAAACACCACCUGGCGACCAAAUCGCACCGUAGACAACCCCAGAAAAACAAUGAACGUUUAGUCCACUUAAAAAAUAUAUUACAAGAUUAACCAGC